UUUUUUUUAUACCUGAUUCCUGAACCUCAGAACCUGAUACGGUGAGGGGAGCAGUUGAGACUUGAGAGAGGCGGAGAGCAGAGAAUCAGAGAGAGGCUGAGGCUGCCUUGCUUGAGCCUUGAGCUGUUGUCUGUUGAGCGAACAGUGGAGACUGGAGACUAGAGAGAAAGUAUUCUGUAUUCCCGGAACGUCUUGUGAGAAUGGGUGAGUUGAACAUAGAGACUGCUUCCUCGGCCUUAGCUUUGCGAGUUUCACCACUAAAGCAAGAGUCAGCUGUUACAACUGGUCCAGAUACCAAGCCAAAGAAGAAAAUCUGCUGUGCUUGCCCUGACACUAAGAAGCUGAGAGAUGAAUGCAUCGUGGAGCAUGGUGAAGAUGCUUGUGCUAAAUGGAUAGAUGCUCAUCGUCAGUGCCUUCGGGCAGAGGGCUUUAAUGUUUGAGAUUGCAGAGGGAAGCUCUGACCUGUGAUGAUGGCAGCUUCCUCAACCUUUAUUUCAUUGCCGGUUACUAAAUUUACUAUCAAGCAUCUUAUAUUAUUUGUCAUUGAUCAAGUUUUGCUAGACAAGCUAUUAAUGUGGCAGGUCUCUUGGUGUGUAUGAAGGAUGUUUCUUCACAUCUUUAUAUUGUAUUUAAAGCCGAAUCACAGUUUUGUUCUAAAAAAAAUUUGGAACUUAUAGAA